CGCGCGCAGGGCGGAGGUGUCCCCGGCGGCGCGGUGCCGGCUGCGCGUCCUGCUGCCGAUCCCGCAUCUCCCGGUCCCAGCCAUGGAGCACUCGCAGGUUGCCAUCAUCGGCAGCGGACUCAUUGGUCGCAGCUGGGCCAUGGUAUUUGCUGCUGGAGGCUUCAAAGUGAAACUUUAUGAUAUUGCACAACAGCAGCUAACAAGUGCACUGGAAAAUAUUCGCAAACAAAUGAAAGAGAUGGAGAAGUUGGGAUGCCUGAAAGGAUCUUCUAGUGCGGAACAGCAGUUUGCUCUCAUUAGCGUUUGUACAGACCUGAAGGCAGCAGUAGAGGGUGCUACUUUCAUUCAGGAAUGCACUCCAGAGAACCUGGAACUGAAAAAGAAGAUUUUUGGUCAGUUGGAUCUUAUUGUGGGCGACAAUGUUAUCUUGAGCAGCUCGACCUCUUGUCUCUUACCCAGCAAAUUGUUUGCUGGUCUUAAACAUGUUAAACAGUGUAUUGUAUCACAUCCUGUAAAUCCACCUUACUUUGUGCCGUUGGUUGAAAUUGUUCCUCAUCCAGAAACAGAUCCUUCUACUACAGAGAGAACAUAUGCCCUAAUGAAGAAGAUUGGUCAAUCUCCUGUCAAACUAAACAGAGAAAUUGAGGGGUUUGUUCUGAAUCGACUACAGUAUGCAGUGAUAAGUGAAGCCUGGAGACUUGUGGGUGAAGGAGUAAUGUCUCCUACUGAUAUAGACCUUGUGAUGUCUGAUGGAUUGGGAAUGCGAUAUGCAUUUAUUGGACCUCUGGAAACCAUGCAUCUUAAUGCAGAAGGUAUUGCAAAUUAUUGUGAAAGAUACUCUGAAGGAAUGAGACUUGUUCUGAACACCUUUGGGCCAGUUCCAGAAUUUUCAGGUGAAAUUGUGCAGAAAGUCAAUCAGGCAAUGUCUGAAAAAAUUCCAGUUGUGCCAAAAGUCUUGGAUGCCAGGAGAAAAUGGAGAGAUGAAUGUCUCACUGGUCUUGCCAAACUGAAAACACAAAUGAAAUCCAACUGAGGUACACCUUGUCUAACAGGAGAGACCAAAUGAAGAGCAGAUCUUCAUAAAAAAGUGGAAAUUUUUUGUCGUGCGGAAGAGGAGAAUGAAUGUGCAACCAAUGAUAUGUGCACAUGUAGAGACCAAUGAAACAUUUGGUCCAAAUUUACAAAUUAAUGAAUAACUAGAAACAGUUAUUAAAAAGUUCUGUUAAAAUUUAUCAAAUUACUGUAUAAAUGCAUUAGAUGUGCAAGCAUUAAGUAGCUUUAGCAAUAUUAAUAUUGUGCAAUGCUGGAACACAAUCAUGUUUUAAACAAUGCAUUUUUCAGCUUGCUUAGGAAUUCAGCACUUGAACAAUAUUUGCAGGGAUUAUGCAGGGAUCUGAAACAGGCAAACAUCAGCUGUUUGUCACCGGAGAAAAUAAGCCCACACCCACCAAUCACUGUGACAGUGAGGUUAAUUUGUAAAGCUCUGAGUGCAGAUAGGAGAAGGUUGCAUUGAGCAAAGAGUGGAUUCACUGGCUAGUGAGCUGAGACCUCAGCAGCAGUAAGGGUCACUUCAACGCAUAUCUGUUACUGUACCACAAUGUAGGGGAAAGAAUUGCUCCUCCUUUCCCACCCUUUGGCACUUCUGUACUUGUAUGGUGAUCUAAAUGUAAGUAAAUAGAGCAGAAUUCCCCCUUCAUUCCCUACCCCUGGUUCUGUUAGACUUACCAGAGACCUACUUGGUCUUUAAGACCAUGCACUUGAUACCCCAUGGCUUUGCCCACCAAUGUUUGAUGCUGGCCAUUGGCAUUGCUGCAUUAGUAUGUGCCUCAUUUUAAGACUUGUCUCUGAGAAAUAAGAGAUUUUGAUUUAGUAGCUAGGUUGGAGACAGUACUGUGUAGUGGGUCUGUCUCGGCUUUCUCUAUGAUCAUCUGAAUGAUCUUGGGAAGCCAGUUCACCUCUCUCGUGCCACGUCUGUUUUAUACAUUAGCUGAAACAAGAUCUGCUCCUUUAGGACUCAGUUGUAGUGAGUGUAACAGCUGCAGCUGAAGGGGACUGCAGGUGUCUUGGUUGGAACUAGAUGAUCUUUAAGGUCCCUUCCAAUGCAAGCCCUUCUAUGAUUCUGUGAUCUGCUACUUUGCUCCCCUGCAGAGGGAAAGAUACAGUGGCUUAAAUGUAGCAUUUAGGCUUUACUGCUGCCCUUCCCUCUGGAGGCACAACAUCUCCAUGGACAAGGAGGCAGGAUACACCUGGAAGUAGUAUCAACCUCGGGUGCUGCAGUGGCAUGUUUUCAUCCACAGCAGACAAAGUGUUAUUAUGAAUGUCUGAACCCUGUAAUAUGGUUGGACUUUGAUCUUAGCUGGAACCUUGAGGGAUUAUUGUUAUGUAGAUAGUAAGAAUAACUUGAAACAGUGCAUUGCACCCACCCUUCUUGAGUUAUGCAUUUCUGAAUUUGUGCUAACUGGUCAUGUAACUUCAGUCACAGCACAGAUGCAGAAGUUUUAAGCUGUCAUUUUGCUAAUUCUCAUGGUUUUUUAUAGAGGACACAAACAAGCUGUUGAAAUUUUAUUGGUUACCAUUUUGAGCUGAACAGCAGAAACGUCUGCAUGAACAUACCAAUACCACUUAUUUCUGCUUAGGUCACAGUAAAAGAGAUGUAGGAUAAAUUGUAUUGCUUGACACAAAUGGUGGGCCGAGAACACAUUUCUGGAUGUGAAACAUAGGAUGGGAGGCAUAGUGCAGAGAUUGUCCUGUUCUUUAUAAUCAGCCGAGAGAAA